UUGCCCCGUCCUGGACACCGUCCCCCCGUCCCCGACGCGGUGCCCAUCCCGGUGUCACCCUCCUGCCACCCCCCGUGGUCCCCAUCCCCGACGCGGUGCCCAUCCCGGUGUCACCCUCCUCCUGCCACCCCGCCGUGCCUGCAGGCGGAGAACCUGCUGCUGGACGCCGACGCCAACAUCAAGAUCGCCGAUUUCGGGUUCAGCAACGAGUUCACGCUGGGCUCCAAGCUCGACACCUUCUGCGGGUCCCCCCCCUACGCCGCCCCCGAGCUCUUCCAGGGCAAGAAGUACGACGGCCCCGAGGUCGACAUCUGGAGCCUGGGCGUCAUCCUCUACACCCUGGUCAGCGGCUCCCUGCCCUUCGACGGCCACAACCUCAAGGUGGGCGGCAGGGACGGGGGGGAUGGGGGGGCCUGA